AGGUGCUGACAUGGCUGCUCCUCCAGGACAGCCACCUUCUUCUCUGCGAUAUCCUCCUCUUUUCCUCCUCUUCCUCUCCUCCCUUCCUCCCCUCCUGUCCCGCCCUCUCAUCCCUCAUCCCUCUAUUAACGUGGCGGUGGUGUUCUGUGGCUCUGCUUACCAGAAUGAGGUCAGGGGUCAUUUGAGCAGAGAGGACUUCGCUGAUCUUCCCCUAGAGGUGAACCCGGUCACUGUUCUGGUUAACGACACCAACCCUCGUGCCCUGCUGACACGUCUCUGUGAAACCAUGGCGACAGAGAAACUGCAUGGGGUCGUGUUCGAGGACGAUGUGGGAUCAGGAGCUGGACCUCAGGUGGCAGAAGUGGCUCAGAUCCUAGACUUCCUGUCGACUCAGACAGCUCUGCCCAUCGUUGGCAUCAGUGGAGGAUCUACCGUUGUCAUACCUCACAAGGUAAGACAACACAUAAUACUGUAUAUAUACUCAAGCUACCACACAAAUCACAAAUAACCCUAGCAUAACACAUCAUGUAGUACUAAAACUCCUCUAGACACCACAUA